AGAGGAUUCAAGUUGAAGAUAGAAGAGACUUCAGAAAUUUUAGCAUUGAAUAGGCUCAUGAGUAUGUGGUUCAAAGAGCAUUUAUGGUAUAAAGAAGAUUAUACACCUUGCUCUAAACAUCUAAGAAUAUAUCAGUUGGAGGUGUGCCGGUCCAACAAAAGCCCCUGGGUCUGUUUGACUUGUUCAAGUGUCCACUGUGGAAGGUAUGUGAAUGGCCAUGCAAAAAAACAUUAUGAAGAUGCACAAAUACCCUUAACCAACCAUAAGAAAUCAGAAAAGCAAGAAAAAGCUCAGCACACAGUGUGUAUGGAUUGCAGUAGCUACAGUACAUACUGUUAUCGCUGUGAUGAUUUUGUGAUUAAUGACACCAAGCUGGGACUGGUACAGAAAGUCAGAGAACACUUACAAAACUUGGAAAACUCAGCUUUCACAGCUGACAGGCAUAGGAAAAGAAAACUUUUGGAAAACUCAUCACUGAACAGCAAGUUACUAAAAGUAAAUGGAAGCACCACUGCCAUUUGUGCCACAGGCCUUCGGAAUUUGGGGAACACGUGUUUCAUGAACGCCAUCCUUCAGUCACUCAGUAACAUUGAGCAGUUUUGCUGUUAUUUCAAAGAGCUGCCUGCUGUGGAGUUAAGGAAUGGGAAGACAGCAGGAAGGCGAACGUACCAUACCAGGAGCCAGGGGGACAACAACGUGUCUUUGGUGGAAGAGUUUAGAAAGACACUCUGUGCAUUAUGGCAAGGUAGCCAGACUGCAUUUAGCCCAGAGUCCUUAUUUUAUGUUGUUUGGAAGAUUAUGCCGAAUUUUAGGGGCUAUCAGCAGCAGGACGCUCAUGAGUUCAUGCGCUACCUGUUAGACCACCUGCACUUGGAACUCCAGGGCGGUUUCAACGGUAUUUCCCGCUCAUCAAUUCUGCAAGAGAAUUCUACUCUGUCUGCAAGUAACAAAUGUUGCAUAAAUGGAGCAUCUACAGUUGUCACGGCUAUAUUCGGAGGCAUUCUCCAAAAUGAGGUUAACUGCCUCAUAUGUGGGACAGAAUCUAGAAAGUUUGAUCCAUUCCUAGACCUUUCAUUAGAUAUUCCAAGUCAGUUCAGAAAUAAGCGCUCUAAGAAUCAAGAAAAUGGACCAGUUUGUUCAUUACGAGAUUGUCUUCGCAGUUUUACCGACUUAGAAGAACUUGAUGAGACAGAGUUAUAUAUGUGCCACAAGUGCAAGAAGAAACAAAAGUCCACUAAAAAGUUUUGGAUUCAGAAACUACCCAAGGUGCUAUGCUUACAUUUGAAAAGAUUUCAUUGGACAGCAUAUUUAAGAAACAAAGUUGAUACAUAUGUAGAAUUUCCCCUGAGAGGCCUAGACAUGAAAUGCUACUUACUAGAGCCUGAGAACAGCGGCCCAGAGAACUGCCUCUAUGACCUUGCUGCUGUGGUGGUGCACCAUGGUUCCGGGGUCGGUUCUGGACAUUACACAGCAUAUGCAACUCAUGAAGGUCGCUGGUUCCAUUUCAAUGACAGUACUGUAACACUGACUGAUGAAGACACCGUUGUGAAGGCCAAGGCCUACAUCCUUUUUUAUGUGGAACGCCAGGCCAAAGCUGGGUCGGAUAAACUUUAAUACCUCCUCCAAAUCAUUAUUCGUCAACUAUACCGGACAAACAUUUCCAAUUUUCCAUAAAUACUUGAUCCAAGAUUUAAUUUCAUUAUGCACUUUUCAGUUUCCUAUUUUGGGUUUAGUUUUAUUUUGUCAAUGGUAGUGACUUACUGAACAUGGGCACCAACUAAUUUUUUUUUUUAGUUCUACCAGAAAACCUCAGCAGAUAUUUUGAUUUGCUGCUUUAGUUGUAAUAAUUCAGUUUUUAUAUGUAGUUUCAAGAACUUAGUUCUAUUUGACUUUUUUAUAUUAAUGUUCAGGUCUCACUUUGAGGCACAUUUACAUCAAUGCAUUGUUACUCUCACAUGCUGAAAGGAAGAGAUGUUCCUGAUCGUGAAGAGCAACGUAACCACCUGCUGCCUUCUCACAGCUGUUAACGGAGAUCAGGUUGGCUCAAAAUCAAGGAUCAUGUGUGCACGUAAUUUGUGGCCCACAAGAUUUCAGUGACUGCUCAGUAAUCAUUCUUUUUGCUUGUAAAAGAUAACUGAAAGGGCAUCAUUAAGUAGACCAGGUAAUUGCUGCUCUUCGUAUCUCUCAAAGCUGCUGUUUAAUCAGCACUAACUAACUAAAUUUGUUGGUUCAGUUGUAACUAUAUUGCAAAUUCAAGAAUUACCUUUUUUUUUUUUUUGGUUUUGGGGUAUUUUCAUAGAGAUAGGGGUACUGAAAACUCCCAGUAAGGCCAAAUACACUUAAGUGUUUAAAAAAUUCCAUGACUUGGCUACAUGUUAUCCAGGUGUUAUUUAUCCACUGCCAUGAAACCAUAGCUUCUGUUCGAACGCCUUUUUGAGUCAGCACCUAAUUCCCCGUUAGUUGUAGCACUGGGAUUAACUGCAUGUCCACUGUAGUCUUACUUCUUACUUGGUCACCUGAGGUUGAGAUGCUACCCUCCAGAGUUGAUUCUGACCAUCACCUAAACGUCGGGUAAUACUGUGGGGUCUGCUUCCACAGAAGGAAACUAAAGUCUUUCUUUACUAGUCUAAGUUUUAACAAUUCUCACUGGCCUAUCCUCAUAGCAGAGCAAUUGAAAAUAUUUUCACUUUGAAUAGUGGAGUUUCUAUUCUUGAGGUUAGUAGUCUGUUUUAAAAUUUUCAAGAAAAAUAGGCACCAGCACUAUUUAGAUUUAACUCAAACUGAAAUCUGGAACCAGAAUCCCAUCUAAUAAAAGUUAACUGUGCUUUCUGCAAGUGCUCCAAGCCAGCCUGUGGAUCUUGGGGUGCUGGUGGCAUGAUGUGCAAAUUAGUGAGAGAAAAGGAAGGAGCUCCAGCUAGGCCUGUGGGAUAGGACCAUGCACAUUUUCAUGUUCAUUCCUUGUCCCAAUCAUUAUUUUCCUCCCUUCCCUAUUCUCUACAAGUUGUUACAAGGGGCAGAAUGUACUUCAUGUUAAGCCAGCCAACCGGACUUUUUGCUAUUCUUGUUUUUCUGUUAAAAGAAAAAAAUAGUCCAGAUAAUUUAAGUGUAUGAAUGUAAAAGAAAGUUGGGUGGCUUUCCUCCUAGGUCGGAUAUUUGCAGUUGCAGAUGUGCUCCAUUUCCACUUUAACAUUAACCGGAUAAAUCCCACAUUUUCUCAGAGCAGAACACAUCUGCUAUAUACUUUAACUGGGAGCAAAUUACGUCUAAACUUGUACUGUCCAAUACAGCAGUCACUGGCCACAUAUGGUUAGUUAAAUGUUAAUUAAAAAUAAAUUAAAAAUUAAGUUCUCCAGUCACACUGGCCACAUUUCAAAUGCUCAGCAGCCACGUGUGGCACAGGACCACCCAGGUCUGGGACAGUUCCACCUGUGUGCAGAACCCUCUCAGACAGCACUGGUCUGCACUUUCACUCCAGAGAAAAAAGCUCUGCCAUCGUGUUUAAGUCUUACAACUUAGAAACAGAGAGCCUAGAAUUAAAAGGGAAACAUGUAUUUAAAACAGUUCACAAUGUUAAAUUAUACAGGUCGAGCCAUGUGAAAUUCUAUUAGACUGUUUUUGAUCUACAAAAAUGAGUUCCACAUAAUUUGAUCUACUAUAUCAGUGCAUUAACACCACGUCAUUGAACUUGAAACGUGCAUCUCCCUUGAUCUCGCUCCUAUGAAUCCAGGCUCUUUUGUUUAGAAGGUACACAGCUGUAACUUCUAACAUUUGCACUUAAAUCAUUAGUCUCUGGACAGGCAGCAGUUAUAAACUCAAGCAAGAAAGCCUCGGGCAGUGUUGAUGGAGGAAAGUGGCCUUUAUACCAAAUGGAACUUACAACAGACUAGACUACUUUGUUGGGGAAAGUGGUCCUCACACAGCCAACACUGUUGGCUUAGGAAAUGAACGCAUCUCCUCUCUGAAUUCUGUAGUGUUUUUAUUUCUUGAUUUUACUUCAGCAGACAUGUUUGAAGGAUAUCAUGAAGGUUCUUUGGAAAAGUGAUUGGAUCCAUGUGAACUGUGCACUUGAACACCAGUGAUGUAAAUGUGCCUAUCUGUAUUUUGAAAAUUUAACUGUGCAGCUUUAUCACGUCUAUUUCAAAAGCUGACUUCGUGCUCUUCGGGGCUCUUCCCUUGUGCCGUGUUGUCUCUAGCAUGUUUGUGGCUUCUCACUCAGAGAGCAGUGCUGAGGCAGGGCCUCACGCCGAGUCACAGGGCUCCUCGGAACAAGAAAACUUUCUCAGAAGUCCUCCCACAGAGGUGGGUGACAGAAACAGUUUGUGGCAACACAAAUCUCUCUCCAUGGUGGAGAAACUUUUGCUUAUCCACUGUAUUCUACUCAGUGUCUAGUGAUGACAAAUGUAAUAGAAUAAAACCAGUAAAGUAUAUGGGCCCUGGUUAAGUGUUAAAUGUGUAUCUCACCUGUGGAACCUGCUCAGCAGCUUGGUUUCUGGGGUUGGGGACAUAUUUAUUUCUUAAAGCCAAACCUCUUCUUCAUUGGUUUAGUGUAUGUACAUAAGUCUAUUUAGAUAUACUUAUCCCACUUCCACCUCCACCGUCCCCUAAACUUACUCACAUCCCCCCGGUUGCUGAAGUGGCCUCUCCACACAGGCCCUGGAGAAGCUCCUGAGCAAAGUCCGUUCCUGCAUCCAGGGCAUGGGUCCCAAGGGAUGAGCGUAUGGCCGCCGGAAGGUGCCCAUAGCACAGGAAGGGGUGGGCGUGGGUGGCAUCAUGCUGUGGUCCAAGGUCUGUGCAUCACCUCACUGGGUGCAGUACCUUCCCCCUCAGGUCUGACUGUGACGGACUCCAGACUGCCCUCUGUGAGUGUUGGUUGUGUGUGACGUAAUCAUUUCCACUAAAACCUAGUCUGUAUGAUGCUGAGAGGAUUAACUGUGCAAGUGACUGAUUUCAUUUAAGUUGUAAUCACAUCCCUUUUCUGCUUCACCAACCUGAACUGUUUUAUGGAAAGUAUCAUUAAAGAUCUGGUCUCUUU